AUGAACGUGAAGGACGGCGUUCACAAGCCGUUCUUUUGGAAGGUCAACGCGGUUAAGAACAUUCUGGAUACUGGUAAGUACGACUGGGUCCUUUGGAUGGAUUGUGAUGCCUUCUUCAUGGACCCAGGACGAACCAUUGAUUCCGUGAUCGCCAUGUACAGCGGCAACCUUACGUCUGCCUCGCGGUUGCCUCCUCUCAGUUCCUUGGCGCUGCGGGGCUUAGGGGACAUGAUGCCAGACCCUGAUGCCAACAUCUCACUGAUUUUUGCCGUGGACUCCACAGGCAUCAACAACGGUGUGUGGCUCUUGAAGAACACUGCCUGGUCACACAACUUCCUUCAGCGAUGGUGGGAGUCCGACAUUUUGGAAGGUCCUGGAAAAGAGCACAACUGCAGCGAUCAGUCCACAAUGCUCCACGCGCUUCUACAUGACCGUGUGAUGGACCUGGAUGAGGAUUGGGACGCGUAUGAGGCGCGGUUCGGGGUCUAUAGGUUUUAG